UUUGUCUGAGGUGUACAGUACAACCUGCAUCGCGUGCUCCAAAGCACGCCUCUGUGCUCUAGGUAUGAAACUCUCGGCGCUCGGACUACCCUCGGCGCAGCACUUCAUUGCUCUCUUAAGAGCUUUGAUCGCCUUCUGCGGUGUCUUGGUACGGGAAUGUAUGGAGUUGAACAAACGCGGAGCAUCGUUUCUGUUGAAGAAAGCCGUGUCCCGAGGCCUGUCAACCUGGCGCUCGAGAUUUGAGAAGCGCCGCUUGGAUCUGUACGACGUCGGGGCUCGGGGAGAUCCCGUCAAGCUGGGCUUCCUCUAUCCGGAGCUCGAGUGGGAACUGGAAGCGCCGCAGCCGGAGCACGAAAUACAGCAUCACUUGGACGAGUUCCUCUGCUGGGGCUGCAACUCUUCGGGAGAGAGCCUCCUGGUCUGGGUGUCCAGGGAGCCCGGGGGAGUGGCGCGGGCCAGCCUGCGGCUCAGGGACAGCCAGGGCAGGACGUGGCUGCUGCCUGGAGCAGCGUUCCUCGACCGCUCCUCGCAGGAGUCGCGACGCUUCUCUACCGGGAGGCUCCAGUUGACCUGCCUGCGCCCCAUGAGGAGGUGGAAGGUGACCUUCAACGGACGCCUGAGGGAGGAACUUGCUGACGGAACGGGUGUUACUCGUCACGUUGAUCUUCGUCUGUUCAUCAAUGCUGGCAGCGACGUUUAUGACCACGACUACGACACGAGUGCUGAAGCUCGAGCCCUUUUCCUGGCGAAGGGUUCUUGGGGAGGUCUGGCUGGAGACAUGCCCAGGAACAACGCGUACGAACAGUCAGUCAACCUGUUCGGGACGCUCUCUGUAACCGGUGAAGAAACCGUUGGCAAGGAACUGCGGCUUUGGGGUCUACGUCAACGGAUGAGAGGACUCCGAGCUGACUGUUCUGGAACUACGAACCACAUUCUGGGCACCCUGUUGAACCGAACCGUUUUCCAUGUGUCUUCCGAGAAGAUUCGCAGCACCACCCUCCAUCGAGGCUUCGUGAUGGCGCCCAACCUGUUCCUGCACGCCGUGGACGAUUGGAAGGGACCUGAACAAGUGGGUGGCGAGGAGAGACUCCAGCUUCGAACGGCGCCCCACGUGUACGAUAUCUGUGUGGAGUUGUCUAACGGAAAAUCCAGCACAGGCAUCGCAGACGAUUGUUGCUUGGAAGUCGUCCACGAACUCAAACUAAAGACGGGAAAUACUCGAGGACAUGGAGUUCGCCUGGUGUUGCGCAGAAAACCAUCAACCUGGAAGCCCCCGGCUAUCGUCAGCAAGCCUCAAAGUAACAACGAGUUCCAGGACCUGCGUGUUGUGUGUCUCAGGGACGCGUCCGCGUGGGACACACGCCACUGUGGCGGGAAGGCUUCGUCGUUGGCCGUCCUGAGCGAGAUGGUACCGCUGUCUCGAGAGAAGUUCGCCGUCCCAGGCGCGAUUGUGCUUACAACAAGAGCUUACGGUGACUUACGUGACCACAACAAGCUAGCGACCUGCCUGAAGGAACUGGACACUUACCACAGAUUAAACAUUGACCAGAAGAAAGCCCUAUCAAUCAGGAUCUGCGAAGCUGUCGAAGGGGCCGAGAUGCCACCGAGCCUGGUGCUCCAACUUGAAACACAGCUGCGGAGCUCUAUGGGCGACCAGAUUGGCAGUAAGCGCUUUGCCGUGCGCUCAUCUGCUGUCGGCGAAGACUCGGAAGAAAUGUCCUGUGCCGGCCAGAUGGAGACAUUCCUCAAUGUAGCGGGGCUCCAAGAGGUGAUGCGCUGUGCUCUGAAGUGCUGGGCGUCACAGUUUCGACAUUCCGCACUUGAGUACAAAUGGCAGCACGGGCAGCCGCUGGAAGCACCCAUGGCGGUGUUGGUCCAGGAGAUGGUGCAGUCUGACGUGGCCGGAGUCCUGUUCACAUGCGACCCUGUCAGCGGCGAUCCCACGAGGCUUGUCAUCAACGCCAACUACGGUCUCGGUGAGUCCGUGGUGUCAUCACUUGCUGAGCCAGACACGGUGACCCUGGAGCGCUCAGAGGACGGGCAGAUGACUAUUUCUUAUAAGCACCUGGGCAAAAAGCAGCUGCAAGUUCUUGCCGCAGCGCAAGGAACAGAGGUUCAGAUGGUCGAUAACGCAGAGGAGUGCUGCAUCUCUGAAGAACAAGCUCUCAUUUUGGGCAGAGCAGCCCUGGAGGUGGGGAGGCUGCAUCCGGUGACGUCUGACCUUGACUUGGAGUGGGCAAUUGCAGAGGGAAAGCUGUAUCUGCUUCAGGCGCGGCCCAUCACUUCGCUUCACCGCGAGACGGACUUUGAGAUUGAGCACGAAUUGGACUCGGCACUGCUGUCAGAAGAUGAAUUCUACACGAGGGCCAACGUCGCCGAGGUACUUCCGGGAGCCACCAGCGCCCUCGGGGAAGACCUCUUCUUGCACUCCUUCACCCUCAUGUUCAAGAGUCGUAUGGUAAAAAAGUGCCUGUCCCCACCUUCACCAGACACAAUCUUCAUCAGGCCUUUCUUCAUUAUGGUCAGUCGAAACUGCCUGAUGAGCCUCAUGGAUGGCAUGUUCCAGCACAAUGAGGAGCAAAGCCUGAUGACCAAGGGGAUGUUCUAUGGUGUGCUAGGACGUCUCUACGAGUCCAAGGACGUCGCAGCCAAGUUUGUGGAGAGGAACGGACAUCCGAGCAAGCUGACCGGUUUCCAACAGAUGGCCUUUCUUCUCAGGGCUCAGUGCUGGAAGGAACACUAUCUCCAGCUUGCCAAGGAUGCCAUAAAGAACAUGCGCAUUGAUCUCACGGAGGAACAGACAGCGCUGGAGAUGUUCGACGUUAUUUCGAAGUCACUGCCACUUCCACAAGAGCCUCACUUUAACCUGAUGACCACCUCCAUGCUCUCCUCCAUGAGCAACGUGAUGCUCCUCGUGACCUUGGGCAGCGUUUCCGGAGACCUGACACCCGAAGUUUUCUCAGACCUCGCCACGCUGUUGUCCAACUGCCAGCAGGUGGAGAGCGCCGAUGUUCCCGCCAGGCUGAAGGAACUGUCCAGAGUUAUCCGCAAGUUUCGAACCGACUUCGCUCAACUGACCAGCGAGCAAGCUCGCAGCUACCUUGAGCAGAACGACGAAGAACCAGGCCGACUCUACCGGGAGCUCAUACGUUGCCACGGUCAUCGGUGCAUCAAAGAGUUUGACAUGCAGUCCGUACCUUGGCAACUGGACCCCGAGCCCCUGAUAACCACUUUGCAGCAUGCAGUUGCUUCACCAGAGCCAGCUUCCGUGUCACCAACUGAACCGAUCUUGAGUACACCACUCAAUUUAUGGCGAAGGAUGGCGCUGCGGCUGCUGGUGCCUUGGACGAAGCAAGCAGUGGCUGGUCGAGAAAGAGCGAAGGCGCUCACGGUUCGAAGUGUCCACAUCUUCCGACUGGCCCUGAUCAAGCUCGGCCGCAAGAUGGUGCAGGAAGGCCGUCUGCCGGACCCCAGACUAGUCUUCCACCUGGAACUCGAUGAACUACGUCGUCUGCUGGACACGCGGUCAGCCGCCCUCGUGCUCAAAGCCAUCCGCAGGAACCGGAUUCACCCGGCUCUGGGCCAGCUGCGCUUCCCGGACAUCGUGCGUGGCGUCCCCUGUCCCGUGGGAAGCCCGGGCGCAGAACCUCAAGGCCCACGAGAUCCCAGCUGCGUUAAAGGAACUCCGGUGAGCCGCGGCAGUGUCACGGCUCCUGCAAGAGUUGUCAAGACUUUGGAUGCCGCACACUGUAUUCAGCCCGGCGACAUUUUGGUGACCAACGCGACAGACAUCGGCUGGAGCCCAUACUUUCCUCUGCUCGCCGGACUCGUCACCGAGCUUGGAGGCCUGCUCUCCCAUGGUGCGGUCAUUGCGAGGGAAUACGGCCUGCCCUGCGUCGUCGGCGUCGAGAAUGCUACCGACAUCUUCGCCUCAGGUGACAUCAUUCUCCUGGAUGCUACUCGGGGCAUGGUUACCACCAUCAAAACUGCCGCUGCCCAAGAGGAUUCGUAAUUGUGGAAGUAAUCUAAUCGGAUGAUCCCAUAAAGACAAGGUUCAAAAGAAUCAAUGAAUCCCUCAAGUGUCACUGUAUCUUU